UAAUUUGCUUUUCAUUUUUAUUUUUCCAAAGUCUAAAAAAUAUAUUUUGUCUCAAAGUUGAAGUGUGGGCUCCAAACUUGCUUCAAACUCCCAAACAAACAAGUUCAUUCAACUCAAUAAUAAAUAAAAUAAAAUAAAGAUAAAAGGAUGCACGGAGAGUUUUGGGAAAAUAACUCAAAAAAAGUUUUAUUUUAUUAUGGAGAAGAAAACAAAGAAUAAAAAGACGAAACUAGAGCGGCGUUUCUUGUUAUGUUUGAAGGGACAUGUUCUUUUAGUUUUUGAUCAUCCACAUUGAUGAUAAAACGGCUGUUUAAGGCAUGGCAAUAGGAAAUAAAGACAGGAAAAAGAAGAGUUUCCUUCAGAAGAUUUUCUCCAGGGAGAGAGAUGGAAGGAAAUUGAGUAAAAGAAGGGAUGAUUCUGUUGAUCAAUCAGAUUCUGAGAGUCUUUGCCCUAGCAGUAGAGGGGGAUCAAUGAUAUCUCGUCAACAUGUUCAAUCCUACAAAGUUUUUGUAGCAACAUGGAAUGCAGGAGGAAUAUCUCCUCAUAGUGGCCUUAAUUUGGAUGAUUUUCUUCAAGUUGAUAAUCUAUCAGACAUUUAUGUCUUGGGUUUUCAGGAAAUUGUUCCUUUGAAUGCUGGAAAUGUUCUAGUGAUUGAAGAUAACGAACCUGCUGCAAAAUGGUUAUCUUUAGUCAAUCAGUCUCUGAACAAACCGUCCAAAGUCGCUCCAAGGCGAAUGAAUACAGGCAGUGGAGCACUGUUCUUUGCUAAGCCUUCUCUUAGAAAGAUCAGUAAAAAUUUCAGGACAGAAAGCAAAAGAAAAUUGAAGUCAUGUAAUUGCACAGCUGAAAUGGAAAGGAAGCAUAGCAUGGAUUUCUGUUGUCCCCUCCAACAACCGAAUUUAAGUGAAGUGGACUUCUCUUCUGAGGAGGAUGAUGAAGAUUCUUUGACUAAUUCCUUUUCCAAUCGAAACCACAUGAAGUACAGCCUUGUAGCAAGUAAGCAAAUGGUGGGAAUUUUUGUUACUAUUUGGAUGAGGACUGAGCUUGUUCAGUAUGUUAGUCAUUUGAGAAUUUGUUGCAUUAGUCGCGGGAUCAUGGGCUGUCUCGGUAACAAGGGUUGUAUAUCUGUGAGCUUUCAAUUUCAUCAGACAAGCUUUUGUUUUGUCUGUAGUCACUUGGCAUCUGGAGAGAAAGAAGGGGAUGAACUUAGAAGAAACCUUGAUGUCAUAGAAAUACUAAAAAACACUCAAUUUCCUAGGAUUUGCAGAUCUCCAUAUAGUAGAAUACCUGAGAAAAUUCUUGAUCAUGAUCGGAUCAUAUGGCUUGGCGACCUGAAUUACCGUAUUUCUUUAAGCUACUCCGACACCAGGAAACUUCUAGAGGCCAAAAACUGGGAUGCCCUCUUUGACAAUGAUCAGCUUAAUAUUGAAAGAGAAGCAGGGAGAGUAUUUAAGGGAUGGAAAGAGGGAAAGAUCUACUUUGCUCCUACAUACAAGUACUCUUAUAAUUCAGACUCUUAUGCUGGAGAAGUUCAUAAAUCAAAAAGCAAAAGGAGAACUCCAGCUUGGUGUGAUAGAGUAUUAUGGCAUGGAAAUGGGAUCCAACAACUCUUUUACUGGCGUGGGGAGUCCCGAUUUUCUGAUCACCGCCCGGUUUUGGCAGCAUUUUUGGUGGAUGUUUUGACUAAUGGGAUUGGGAGUAGUUCCAAGAGGGGAUUAUCUAGUUCCAAUAUGAAAAUUGAGAUUGAAGAACUCUUACCUACCAAGUAGUACUGUCCUCUAUAAUAACUGCAGGUACUAAGCUGCUAACCAGUCAUUUUGAGUAAGGUGAUACCCAAGUUUUGCUGAUUAUGUAAGAAGUAAAUCAUUUUAUGCAUCAUAAGCUGUAAAUAGAUUCAGGGAAGAUUUGACAUAAUUCUUGUAUCAAAAAAUUGUUCACAAGAUGUAAUUUUCGCAGUGCGCGCUGCAGUUCUUGCUUCAUAAUGGAAUGUUCCAAGAGAUUAGUGAUUCUGACAUAAAAUGAGUAAACUUUGUAACUGAGAUCUCAGAAUUGAAUUUGCCUAGAAUGUUUGUCAACUAAGAAAAUAUUGUAGAACUUUUACAUUUGAUCUUUCUCUUUACUAAGAUUAAUUAGAUCAAAGAAAUUAUGGUUAGGGUCCAAAAUCUAGUUUUCUUUUCCUUAGUUGAUUUAGCCUUGUAACCCCUAUUGUAACCCAGCUUGAUCUUUUGAUCUGUUUCCAGUAAAAGUCAAAGAUGUGGAAAGGGAAGAAGAAAGAAGUUUGAAAUUUUGUUUUUUCUUAUAUUUUUAAUGAUUUGAGUCCACA